CACGCACUCAGCUCACUCUUUUUCCCGUGCAACCUCGUUGAGCUAACACGCGUUUUCUCGGUGUUCCGUCGUUUGUUUCCGUGAAACAGAACCAAACCAUCCAAAAUGGGUCGUAUGCACGCUCCCGGAAAGGGUAUUUCCCAGUCGGCGCUUCCGUACCGCCGUUCCGUGCCAUCGUGGCUGAAACUGAACGCCGAUGACGUCAAGGAGCAGAUCAAGAAGCUCGGCAAGAAGGGCAUGACGCCUUCCCAGAUCGGUAUCAUUCUGCGUGAUUCGCACGGUGUUGCCCAGGUCCGCUUCGUCAAUGGCAAUAAGGUCCUGCGGAUCAUGAAGGCCGUUGGCCUGAAACCCGACAUCCCGGAGGAUCUGUAUUUCCUGAUCAAGAAGGCCGUCUCGAUCCGCAAGCAUCUGGAGCGCAACCGCAAGGACAUCGACAGCAAGUUCCGUCUGAUUCUGAUCGAGUCCCGCAUCCACCGAUUGGCUCGUUACUACAAGAUCAAGGCUGUUCUGCCACCAAACUGGAAGUACGAAUCGAGCACCGCCUCGGCCCUGGUUGCCUAAGGAGGACUGGGUAGCUUGCUGCAUUCUAUUUUUGUUUUUAAGUAAGUUCCGUUGGAGCGAAGUGGACUCCGCCAAGCAGAAAAAUAAGGGGGACGAACACUAUCCGAACAUGAGUGUCAUGUUUAUGGGAAGAAAUUUAAAAUGGUAAAUAUCCAAUAAACGGUUCACACAGAAACGGUGAA